CAGUGCAAAGCAAGAGUGAGAGACGUGAUCAACAGAUAAAGUUGACUUUUAAGCGUCGUUUCGUGCGAUUGAACUCGGUAGCUAGUUGGCGUGUUUUAUCCACGCAAAGUAUAGACAUUAGUGGCUAAUAACGCGACAGAAAUAUAGCUAUGAAGAAUCAGACUUGUGACUUACGGUUUGCCACAUAACCAGCCGGUUAGCUAACGUUAGCCACAUGCGAGGUGUAAGCCAGGUGGACAGAAUCCAUUGAGUUCCAUUGAUAUCUAGAUAGCUAUCCGGCUAACUAGGCUGCUGUUCUUCCACGAACUGUCUUUCUUACAGUGCGUUAAAGAUCAUCUUGCCGGGCACAGAACAAUUGUCGGAUCACUGUAAACGUCAACAUGAAGUGUCAUUACGAGGUGCUGGGAGCCAAAAGGGAUGCUAAUGACGACGAUUUGAAAAGGGCCUAUAGGAAAUUGGCUCUGAAAUGGCAUCCAGAUAAGAACCUGGAGAAUGCAGAAGAAGCCGCAGAGCAGUUUAAGCUGAUCCAGGCGGCAUAUGACGUCCUGAGUGACCCACAAGAAAGAGCCUGGUAUGACAACCACCGGGAGGCGCUGUUGAAGGGUGGAGUGGGUGGGGAGUACGAGGAUGACAGUAUUGACCUGCUUCAGUACUUCACUGUGACUUGUUACUCCGGGUACGGGGACGAUGAGAAGGGCUUUUAUACCGUGUAUAGGAACCUGUUUGAAUCCAUUGUGAAGGAAGAAAUGGAGCACAGCAAAGAGGAGGAUGAAGAAGAGGACGAGUUCCCGACAUUCGGAGACUCUGAAAGCGACUACGACACAGUCGUGCACCUCUUCUAUGGCUACUGGCAGAGCUUCUGCACCCGCAAGAACUUCGCCUGGAAGGAGGAGUACGACACGCGGCAGGCCUCCAACCGCUGGGAGAAGCGCGCCAUGGAGAAGGAGAACAAGAAGACGCGGGAGAAGGCGCGCAAGGAGCGCAGCGAGCUGGUGCGCCAGCUGGUGGCCUUUGUGCGCAAGCGCGACAAGCGGGUGCAGGCGCACAAGAAGCUGGUGGAGGAGCAGAACGCCGAGAAGGCCAAGAAGGUGGAGGAGCUGAGGCGCAAGCAGAAACUCCACCAGGCCAAACUGGCGGAGAACUACAAGGAGCAGAGCUGGGCGGCAAUGUCUGAACUGGAGAAGGAGCUCCAGCAGAUAGAGGCGCAGUACGGAGAGGAGUUUGGCGACGCUUCUGAAAGUGAGGAAGAGGACACAGAGGCACAGGACGGAGGCGACCUGAGCGGGGAAGGUACACAGACGGAUGGGGUUGAGGACGUUGUUGAAUAUUACGAUGACCUCUACUGUCCAGCGUGUGAUAAGUCUUUCAAAACAGAUAAAGCUAUGAAAAACCAUGAAAAGUCCAAAAAGCACAGAGAGAUGGUGGCAUUGCUACGGCAACAACUUGAAGAGGAGGAGUUAACCUUGAAUCUGAACACUGGAGGCAGGGGGGAAAAACAAGAACAAGAAGAAGAGGAGGAGGAGGAGGAAGAGGACAGUGAAGAGCUUGGGGAUACAUUAAGGCAGAAGUUAUCAAAAAAGCAGAAAAAGAAAAAAAGGCAACAGAAAGCCAUGAAUAGCACCCCAGAGGAGCCAGCUGAGGAGCAUGUCAGCUCACAGCCUGUCCAAACACGAUGUAGCCCAGAGGGGGCCCCGCUGGAACGCUCGGGCAGCGGCGAGGGCUCCCCCUGUCCCCAGUCCCCUCCAGACCAGCCCUGCGAGGACACCGCCACCGACGACGCGCGGCAGGAAGGACCUCUGACCUCGGAGCCCAAGAGCUCUGGAAAGACAAAAGCAAAAAAGGGCGGGGCAAGAAAGCAGCAGAGCAGCAAGACCCAGGGAGGCGGCGGCCCGGAGCAAGCGCCAGAGAAGGAGGUGAAUCUGCGCUGUGUGACCUGCCAGUUCGAGUUUCCCACCAGGAACAAACUGUUCGACCACCUGAAGACGACGGGACAUGCCACAGCGCUACCGUCCAGUAAACCAGCCGGGGGCAAAGGAAAGAAGGAGAAGAGGAAAAACAGAUAACCCCUCCGGCGUGUGCUGGGACAGUGACUGUAUCGUCCCAAAAGACUGAGUUUGAAAUGCCUGGCUGAAGUGACUCGUAAAAGGAAAUUUUCCCACACAAGAUACCGUGUACGUAACAGAAAGGAGUUCAGAUUAAAUCCAAAAAGGGAGAAAUAAACCUGUUUGCAGUUUGCUUGUUUUCUGUGCAUGUUGUAACAGAGCCAGUGUGAUAUUAAGAAACUGAUUCUUAAGAAUUUCGCCACAAAUAUACCAGACUACCAGUAAUCGUUCCCUGUUAGUUCCUUUCCUGACUCACCAGCUGGCUGACACAGUAUCGCCCGAGGUAUCAGAUCAGUACCUGUAACGCUAGUCUUCUGCAGGAGAAAACUAAGCCUCUGUUACAGCUUACUGGAAUUAUGGUGAAAUAAGGUCUGCAAUAAGUCUGUUCUGAGUAUUGCGAAUCUCAUGCUGAGAUUGAGAACAAUCAAAAUCUAUGCUGUGGAUUUCAGCAGAUUUCAGUUCAGUGAGGCAUCUGUAAU